CACGUGUUCCGGCGCGAGUCAGACCGCACUUCCUGCCGUCGCCACGCCUUUUCCUUUCCAAGAUGGCGCCACCCGCUCCACUUCUUGCAGUUCGUGGAUCGAGCGGCACGUCGCUGCUCUGCGGUCCUCCGGUCUGCGAGGAGCAUCACGCCUUCCAGAGAGAUGCCCGCAGAGGUAAAUACUUCACGUUCAGCAGGGACGGCUCCCUGUUUGGCUGGUGUAACGGAGAGAGGGUCCACGUUGUCAAAGUGGCAGAUGGUUCUCCUCUUCUGUCGCUCGACCUUCCCAAGACGGCCAUGUUGAACUUUUCUCCACUGAACUCCGUGCUGGUGACGUGGCAGUCUUACUCCAAAACACAAAACAACCCCCAGGGAGACCCCAACCUACAGCUCUGGGACCUGCAGACUGGUCACUUACUCAAAUCCUUCUACCAGAAGAAGGCAGAGGGCUGGUGUCCCAGCUGGUCAGAGGAUGAGAGCAUUGCAGUCAGAAAUGUUAACAAUGAGCUCCACUUCUUUGAGAGCAACAAGUUUGACAAUAUUGCUACUAAGCUCCAUCUUCAGAAGGUGACUGAGUUUGUCCUCUCUCCUGGGUCUCAGCCCAGCAAGGUUGCUGUCUAUGUCCCAGGAAGCAAGGGUGCGCCUUCCUUUGUCCGGCUCUAUCAGUACCCCAAUUUUGGGGGUCCGACGUCAGCUCUGGCCAACAAAAGCUUCUUUAAGGCAGACAAAGUGACAAUGUUGUGGAACAAGAAAGCAAUGGCAGUUCUUGUGACAGCGAGCACUGAGGUGGACAAAACAGGAGCAUCUUAUUAUGGCGAGCAGACACUGCAUUACCUGGCUGUGAAUGGAGAGAGUGCCGUUGUGCAGCUGCCAAAGAAUGGUCCAAUCUACGACGUGACGUGGAGCCCCAACUCCAUGGAGUUCUGCGUGGUCUACGGCUUCAUGCCUGCCAAAGCCACGGUGUUCAACCUCAAGUGCAACACGGUGUUUGACUUUGGCACGGGCCCCCGAAACGCUGCUUUCUACAGUCCUCAGGGCCACCUGCUGGUGCUGGCUGGGUUCGGGAACCUGCGCGGCCAGAUGGAGGUGUGGGAUGUGAAGAAGUACCAGCAGGUGUCGAAGCCCCAGGCGCCGGACUCCACCCACUUCUCCUGGUGCCCAGAUGGGGAGCACAUUGUCACAGCAACUUGCUCCCCGCGCCUCCGAGUCAGCAAUGGUUUCAAGAUCUGGCAUUACACGGGCUCUGUAUUGCACCAGCACCUCGUUCCUGAAGGACAGGAGCUCUGGGAGGUCCUGUGGCAGCCUUUCGCUGAUGGUACCUUUCCUGAAAGGGCCAUUCGGUACCAGGCAGCAUCAAGUGAGCUGGGUAGCACGGAACAGAAGCUUGCCCAAGCGUACCGCCCACCUGCGCUGCGUAACAAACCUGCCACUGCCAGCUCCAAAUUGCAUGAAGAGGAGCCGCCGCAAAACCUCAAGCCAGGUUUUUCUGGAGAUAAGCCUCUGUCCAAGACCGCACUGAAGAACCAGAAAAAAAGAGAGGCAAAGAAAGCGGCAAAACAGGAAUCGAAGGCUGAUAUCAUCAGUGAGGAGCUCUCCACACCUGUCCCUACCCCUGUCCCUAACUGUCCUGCACCAACAUCAGGAGAUCCAGAGACUGACAAGAAGAUCAAGAACCUGAGAAAGAAACUGAAGGCCAUUGAACAGCUGAAGGAACAGCAGGCAGCUGGAAAAACACUAGAGAAGAACCAGAUUGAAAAGAUUCUGAAAGAGUCCCAGCUGCUGCAAGAACUCGAAGAUUUGGAGUUGGGACUAUAGACUGAGGAGCACAAAUCCAUCCAUAAGCCCCUCACACACUUGGUCGCUGAAUCAGUUUUCCCGGACACAGAUGCUGAGUGCUGCAUGAAGGCCCAGUGCCCUGGUUCCACACACAGGGAGCAUUUUUCUAACAUGCAUUGUGGAAAAAGGCUCGUUUUGAAACCAGUUUGCUUGAAUGUUUUGGCUAUAGUUAGAUUUGAAUCUUUAUCUCAGAGGUCAGAGCGGUUGUGCAGAGUGAUGGAGUGACGGGUAUCACUUCUCCAUUGUGUAUGGUUCAAACGCUUUGAAUCGCACAGCUGCUUUUAUGUUAAAAAAUUCCAUCUUGAAUUAGGACCCAGUAGUUAAAGCUGUAUAGUUAUCCCAUUUGUAAUUGCUGAAUUCCUGUUAAAGGGAUCUUUCUCUACAACUGCAGCAAACCUGUUUUUCUGAUUUACUGGAUUAACAACAAAGUUGAGAAUAAAAGGAAAUUAAAUGGG